AGCCAGCGCGGGGGCGGGGGAAACACAGGGCCGGCCGGACGCAGGGGCCGGACACAGGGACAGACGGGGGGACGGGCAGGGCCCGGCAGGGACAGACAGACACAGCUGGGCCCGACCCCCCCAGGCAGCUGCAGGCUCCAUGGAGGGGACGGCCCCCCCCCGGGCGGCGUACCGGGCGGCCAUGGUGCUGAGCGGGGCGGGCGACGCGCUGGGCUACCGGAACCAGCGCUGGGAGUACUGCCCCUCGGGCCCCCAGAUCCACGCCGAGCUGGCCCAGCUGGGGGGGCUGGGGGGCAUCCAGGCCGUGCCCCCCGACUGGCCCGCCAGCGACGACACCGUCCUGCACCUGGCAACGGCCGAGGCCCUGGCCACCGGACUGGAGGGGGAGCCGUUGCUGCAGGAGCUGGCACGAGGCUACGUGGCAGCGAUGGGUGACAUGGAGGGCAGGAAACCCGGCCCCACCAGCAUCCUGGGGACGUCCCAGCUGCGCCCGGGCGAGCCGGCUGGGUACCGGAUCCCCUUCAACCCCAGUGCCACCGGCUGCGGGGCCGCCAUGCGCUCCAUGGCCAUCGGGCUCAGGUACCCGCGCCCCACGGAUCUGCCAACCCUGAUCCGGCUCAGCGUGGAGAGCGGGCGCAUGACGCACCAUCACCCCACAGGGUACCUGGGGGCCCUGGCCUCGGCCCUGUUCACGGCCUACGCGGUGCGGGGGCUCCCCCUGGCGCAGUGGGGGGCCGGCCUGCUGCAGACGCUGCCCCUGGCCCAAACCUAUGUGCAGGACGCGGGUGUCGACACCCAGCCCAACCUGGACGCCUGGGGCUACUUCCCCCAGAAAUGGGCCUGGUACCUGGCUGAGCGGGGCCUGGCGGAAGGGCACGGCCCCCCACGGUUCCCCUCCCCCUACGGCCCGGCGGAGCGGGACGGGAUCUACCAGACCUUCAGCCUGGAGGGCUGGGCGGGGCGCAGCGGGCACGACGCCCCCAUGAUCGCCUACGACGCGCUGCUGGGCGCUGGCGACCGCUGGGACGAGCUCUGCAGCCGGGCCAUGUUCCAUGGGGGAGACAGCGACUCGACGGGCGUCAUUGCGGGGUGCUGCUGGGGGCUGGCCCACGGGCUGGCCGGGGUCCCCGCGGGGAAUCACCGACACCUGGAGUACCGGCACCGCAUGGAGGCAGCCGCCGACCGGAUCCACGCCCUGGCCUGGGGGGAGAGCGCCCCAUGAGCACCCCACUGCCCCGGCACUGCCCGGACACCUGGGUUCCUUCUUAACCCCGCCCCCCUGGCCUCCCACCCUGCACUCAACAGCCAACCCCACUGCAGGCCAGGGCUGGAUUUGGGGGGUCCCCCAUUCCCCAGACACAUGGGGGAGGGCAGAAAAUUCCCAGCCCCCCCCAGUGCACCCUCCUGCCCCCCCAUGAGCCACAGGCCCCCACCCACUAGCACCUCCUACUGCUGCACCCAGGACACCAGGCUCCUGCUCCAGGGGUCUCCCGGGUCAGCGUCGGGCUGCUCAAUAAACCCGUCUCCUGCCUUCCCGUGCCAGCGGGGGUCAUUUCGGGGGGGCCCAGGGCCCAUGCCAAGAAGCAGGCAUCCCCGGGGGAUGGGCGAGGCCGGGCUGCAGGGGAGGAGUGGCCAGAACCCAGGUAUCCUGCUCCCUGCAGUGCAGCACCCCAGCACCCCACUGAUCCCAGCACUGACUGCCAGGGAAGGGCCCCCCGGGACCCCCCCACGCCGGCUGCCUGCUGCGCUGUCCCCUCCUGGCCCUGCCCCACAAUCCCCUGGGGGGGGAUCAGCCCCCCUGCUGCAAGGGCUGUGCCCCCAAACCUGUUACUGGCCCCCAGCUUUCUGCUCAGCCCACCCGGCUGGGCCCCGUCAGCCAUUAACCGGCUCCUGUCGCACCCGCUCGCUCUGCCCCCAGCUGCUCCCAGCCCUGGUCACUGGCCUCUGCGAGCCAGCUGGGGUCACGCAGUCAGGGUGAGCUGCACACAGACCAGGCCAGACAAACCCCAGACGCUGGUGGAUCUUCCAACACUGAGAUUUACCAGCCAGCCCCAAACAGCCUCUGUUACCUCCCUGGUUCCUCCGAAUCCAAACCCCGCAGCUCCGUCCCGUGCCCAGCCCAGGCCUCCGGCCAGACGCACACGGCAGAGAUGCUGCUGGGUCCUGAAAUCUUCUCACCAUAGAAAGAGAAGGUUCUUCCAGCCCCCGAGGAUCAGCCGCCCCCCCAGCUCCAGUGAUAACUGACCCCAAAUACCCGCUACAGCCAGUUCCUAUUAACUCAGCUACAAUGUAUCAGCAGAGAAAAGGGAGCGAGAGGUUC